CUAGGUUAGUUUAGUACAAUGUUUGUUACUUAUGUGUUAUGGACUUUGGACUCAUUUUAAUCUUCAAAAAAACAAUACAAUACAGUUGUUCCACUGCUAUUAAAAUUUUAUAGUAAUAUAAAAAAUGGCGCUAAAAGUUUUAAAUAAAGCGAGGAUUAGUAGUUUCAUAAGAAAAUUUAGUAGUGAAGCAAAGUUUGUGAGUGUGAACGUAGACGAUAAAUCUGGAGUGGCAACAUUAACUCUUCAACGUCCCCCAGUAAAUAGCCUAAAUCUAGACCUCUUGGGAGAGAUUUCAUCAUCUCUAACAGAAUUAGAGAAAUCUAAAUGUAGAGGCCUAAUCCUUACAUCAAAUGCAAAGACGGUGUUUUCUGCAGGAUUAGAUCUCAUGGAAAUAUAUAAACCCAAUGCGGACAGACUUAAAAAUUUCUGGACGACCUUACAAGAUACUUGGAUAAAAUUAUAUGGCUCUUCAUAUCCAACUGUGGCAGUUAUUAACGGCCAUGCGCCUGCUGGAGGCUGUUUAUUAUCACUGUCUUGUGAGUACAGAAUUAUGGUAAAAAAUUACACAAUUGGCUUGAACGAAACUCAACUUGGACUCGUAGCUCCAAAAUGGUUUAUUGUUUCAAUGAAAAAUGUCGUUGGCCAAAGACGAGCAGAAAUAGCUUUAACAACGGGACAUUUAUUCAAGACUGACGAAGCAGCAAGUAUUGGAUUAAUCGAUGAAAUUGUGGAAAAUAAAGAAGAAGGCAUUGCGAGAGCUGAAAAGUUCUUAAGUAAAUUUAAAAAUAUUCAACCAGAAGCAAGAAAAAUUACAAAGCAACAUGUAAGGGAAGAUACAAUUAAAAACAUGAUUAAAGAUCGCGAAAAUGACUUAAAUAGUUUUAUGCAAUAUGCUCAGGACCCUAAAACUCAAAAUUAUUUGGAAAAAUAUAUGGAAUCGUUAAAAGCAAAGUCUUCCAAAAACUAGUACAUCAGUAUCUAUCGCUUAGGAUGAGAGUAGUUAUUUUGUUAAUUAAAAACCUGAAGUAUAAUUAAUUAGUUAAAAGGGUGAUUCUGUUAGUGGUGACUGGGGAAUAUUAAAAUGGCCAUAUUUUGAUAAUGAUUUGUACAACCUGUACUGCUUUCUAGAUGAUGAUCUCUCUGCUCACAUAGAGAACUUUUGUGAUGCAAAAAUUUAACAAGUCACAAAAUAAAAAUAGUUUCACAUAUAUUUGCAUAUGGUUUCUUAUACAAUCUAUGAACAUACAAACUUUCAUCAUAGCCCCUGUAUGAUGAAAGUUCUCUAAACAAGCAUCAAAAUCAACCAUUAAAUACCAGCCCCACCAUUCAUUAUCACAUUUAAGUACCCAUAUGAUUUUCUUAUGUUUAAAAUGAAAAUAUUUUUUAUAAUUUUUUUAUGGUUUUUAAUCAUUUCUUUUAAACUUAACAAUUUACAUAAAUGAUACAAUCACGUCCAAUUUUUUUAUUGCAAUAAAAAUAAAUAAAUAAAGUGGGAAUAAGUUAAGUCAAUUAUAAGCCUUGACUGAAGAAUGUUUCUUAUAGUAAAUUUUAAAAUAUAAACUCAGUCCACGUUAAGAAUUAGAAAAGUUCCCACUAGCAAAAUAGUAUUUAAUAUAUAUUUUUUUUGUUAUUAAAUUUCAUAUUGUAACAGUAUAUAAGGGUUUUAUUUAAUAAAAUUUUAAU